CUCGUCCUCCAGAUCUCAGGCCGAUCGCCCCCAUCUGAUCCGUGCCCAGAUCCAUCCCGUCGUCCGCAUCGCACAUCUGCUCACGCAUGCUUUCAAGCUGAGCCAUGCCGGUCGUUCAAUUCCUGCUGCGUGCGGCUCUGCCGGCCCGCAGGGCUGCCCCGCCGAAUCUGAGUAGCUGCGCCAAGGUCGCUCUCCCUCCAUUGCGAUUUCCUCGCAGCGACCGCCUCUAUGCAUCCCAGCCCAAUCUCCCUAUCCAGAACAUCCGCAAUCUUGGAAUCAUAGCCCACAUUGAUGCUGGCAAGACCACAAGCACCGAGCGCAUGCUCUUUUAUGCUGGACACACCAGCAAAAUUGGAGACGUCGAUAAAGGCUCGACCGUCACCGACUACCUCCCCCAAGAACGUGAGCGCGGCAUCACCAUCCAGUCGGCAUGCAUUCCGCUCGCCUGGAAGGAUCAUCUAAUCAACCUGAUCGACACUCCCGGACACGUCGACUUCACCAUGGAGGUCGAACGAUCGAUUCGGGUGUUGGACGGCGCCGUCGUGAUCCUCGAUGCCGUCUCGGGCGUGGAGGCCCAAACCGAGACCGUCUGGAAGCAAGCCAAUCGUUACCAAGUUCCCCGCAUCGCCUUUGUCAACAAAAUGGAUCGGGAAGGCGCUAAUUUUGUGCGCUCCGUCCGGUCCAUGGAGAAGCGUCUCGGAGGCUGGGGCAUUUCGUUGCCGGUACAGUGGCCCGUCGUCAUGGACGAGAGCCACUCGGCCUCGGGCAUCGGCAGUGGCGGUCCGGCCUUUGAAGGCGUUAUCGACCUGGUUUCGAUGGAGCGCCUGGAUUGGUCCAGAGACCCAACCGGCCGCAUCGUCCGGCGUGAAAAGCUCGAGACUGGACCUGGCCAAAAGGAGCGCCUCUUUGAUGAGGCCACUGCUGCCCGGCAAAAGAUGGUCGAAACCCUGGCCGAGUUGGAUGACGAGCUUAUGGACCUCUUCCUCGAAGCCGACGGGGACAUGUCCAAAAUCUCGACAGGGGCCCUACAUGCGGCCCUGCGUCGACUAACGCUUGCCGGCAAAGUCGUCCCUGUCUACUGCGGUGCCUCCUUCCGAAACAUUGGCGUGCAGACGGUCAUGGACGGCGCCAUCCACUACCUCCCAUCUCCCGUCGAUCGCCCAGCCCCCGAGGGCAUUAUUCGCAAGACCGGCGAGUCCGUGCCUGUGCACCACUCCGACCCCAGCCUGUGCGCCUUGGCCUUCAAGAUCAUACACGAUCCCAAGCGAGGCACCAUGGUCUUUGUGCGUGUUUACUCUGGAACUCUUGCGGCUCGGUCGGUGCUCAAGAAUGUCACCCGCAACGAGAAGGAACGUGGCAGCAAGCUUCUGCAGAUCUACGCUGAUGAUUUCGAGGAAAUCCCCGAGUGCUCUGCCGGCAACGUGUGCGCCAUUCUGGGCCUCAAAGUGACCAAGACCGGCGACACUCUCUGUCAGAGCAACGACCACCGUGGUUUGGAACUGCAUCCAAUCCCGGUCCCACCGCCGGUCUUUGUGCGCUCGAUCGAGGCCUCGUCUGUCUCGGAGGAGAAGGCCUUGACCGAGGCAUUGGAGAUACUGCAGCGCGAAGAUCCUUCACUCCACGUCAGUGUUGAUGAGGGAACUGGGCAGACGUUGAUCUCGGGAAUGGGCGAAUUGCACCUCGAAAUCCUCGCCGAGCGACUCAAGGAGCGCAAAGUCAGCUGCGAGAUGGGACAGGUGCGCAUCAACUACCGCGAGACGAUCCAAGACGAGCACACUGAGACCUACCUGUAUGACCGCGAGGUCUUUGGCAAAAAGUCCAAGGCCCAGGUCAGCUUGCGAAUCACCCCCCGACAAAACCCCGACGACAAUGUUGAGCACCCCGGGCUGCUUCCGAUCGGCGACGACGACGGCAACCUUGUUCUGGCCGGUGUUGAUGCCUCCAGGGUAUCUGGUCACGGAACCGAGGCUGGAUUCCCCGGGCUCGACGAUAUCUCGGCCGCUCUCUAUGGUGGCAUCCAGGGAGCACUCAGCCGCGGCCCGCUGCUCGGUUUCCCAAUCACGAAUGCCAGAGUCGAAGUCACCCAUGUUCAGCUAUAUACUCCAGAGCUGUCAACGCUGCCAGCGAUUCGAGCGGCUGCCCAGAAGGCCACUCAGCUGGCCAUCAAGACCCUGGCUCCCAAGCUUCUAGAACCCAUCAUGAAUGUCAAGAUAUGCGUGCCCGCGAAGCUGGUCGGCGCAGUGGCCAAGGAUGUUUCGGGUGUGCGUCGCGGUGAAAUCAUUACGCUCGACGGCAUGGAUGCCCAGGGUGACACAGACGACUUUGCCUACCGCAUAAUCGAGGCCAAGAUUCCGCUGAACGAGAUGGUAGGCUAUUCGACAGCUCUGCGUGGGCUCACCGCUGGCAACGGCACGUUUUCCAUGACCCUACAAGGCUACGGAUUGAUGGCAGCGGAUCGCGCCCGUGACGUUGUGGAGGAAGUACGUGGAUUCUAAGCGCACCCAGGUUGUUCGAAUACGGUGCUACGAGUGUUUAGUAGAUCUGGCCAUUUGUCCCGGUCAGUCGAAUUGAUUGCUAUGUCAAGAGAGCAUUGAUGAAUAAACUCUGUGCAACUGCCAUGCAGCAAUGUAA